CUAGGAGAUUCUGGUCCACACUCAUCGCGACCCACCAAAACUUCUCUCUCCAUCUCAUCUCUGCGCGCCCAAGCUUCUUCAGCCACGAUCAUGUAGAUGGACUUCAGUCAAUCGCAACUCAACUAGAAUUUCAAUCUCUAGGAAUCUCGAAAUAUUCUCUCUCCUAUGACUUUCAUGGCGCAAUGUCAUUGGAUCGCUCUCUCCUUCGCUCUCUCCUUUCUCGUUCGCGUUCUCAACGCUAGUGCCGGCGAUUCUGAUCCACUCUACAAGGCAUGCAUAGAACAGUGUGAGAAGACUGGAUGUGUCGGGGACAAGUGCUUCCAACACUGUAAACUAUCUUCUGAUGGGAAUCCUAUUGGUGGUCCAUGGUAUCUGCAAGAACCGCUCUAUCUGCGGUGGAAGCAGUGGGAUUGCCGCAGUGAUUGUAGGUACCACUGUAUGCUUGCUAGGGAAGAAGAAAGAGAGGAACUUGGUGACAAGCCUGUCAAAUAUCAUGGAAAAUGGCCAUUCCGGCGUGUAUAUGGAAUUCAGGAACCUGUUUCUGUUGCUCUAGCCACACUCAAUCUUGCUAUGCAAUUUCAUGGUUGGGUGUCAUUUCUCAUCCUUCUUUAUUACAAGUUGCCUUUAAGGCCAGAUAAGAAGACAUUCUAUGAAUAUACUGGCUUAUGGCAUAUCUAUGGGAUCUUAGCAAUGAAUGCCUGGUUCUGGAAUGCUGUUUUCCACAGUCGAGAUGUGGAUUUGACAGAGAAACUAGAUUAUUCUUCUGGGGUGGCAUUACUUGGAUUUACCCUUAUUCUGGCCAUACUGCGAGCUUUCAAUGUGAGAGAUGAGGCUGCCAGGGUCAUGAUUGCUGCUCCACUGAUGGCUUUUGUGACUACCCAUAUCUUGUAUCUGAACUUCUACAAACUUGAUUAUGAGCCUCUCAUCCUCCUCAUUGAACAUUCAACUUUGAGCAUUUCACUUACGGGUUUUGGUAGUGGUCCCUGUUGCACACAACUAAACCAUCUUGUCUAUCUCUCAUCUUGUCUUCCACUAGUAUGACGUCUACUGUCUUGCUGGUGCGUUAAUUUUUCAUUCUAUCCCAGACAUAUUGUGCUGUGCAUCCAUUUCAACAUCCUUAUUUCAGCUUUUACUGACUUUGUCAACAACUUUAUAGAAGCAGAUAGGGUGGGCAUAACUUGGUUAGAGAAUAUGUAUCCAUGUUGGAAGCCUAAAGCUAAGCUCAUGGUUUGAAAGAAGUGUUCGUGAUAGUAUUCGUAUCCCUUGGUUGCUUUAUUUGUUGGAAUUUAAUUGUUAAUUUACAUUUGAAAGUGGGGAAAAUUUGAGUUAAUGUAGUAGGAACUGUUUUCAGUACUGUGGGGAAUUAUUUUGCAGUUUACUUGUGUAGCACUGUAAGAUUUACACCACUUCAGCAUUGGACUGCUAAUUGCUUUUGCAUCUUUUUUUUUUCUUUUCUUAAGUUUUAAGUUUGAUGUAAGGGCUAGGGUUAAUUGUUAUUAUGUUAAUUUGGUUCUUAGACUAUAGGAGGGUUGCAAUACCUUGGGUUAGGUCAACCGAGAUCUGUAGUUGUAAAGCUUAUUUAGAAGCUGUGAUUCUCUCUCUCUCUCUCUCUCUAAACCUAUUUAUUCUGAUAGGGAAAAAUGAUAUAAAUAGGCUCCCUAUACAGAAAAAAGGGAGUGCAACUCUCUGGUGCUUGAGACUAUCAAUUACUUAUUUUUCUCCUUUUCUCUUAAUCUGUUUUUAAUUAUACAGUGUUUAGUGGCUGAGACGAGCACACGUUGAGCAAUCAAAAUAGUUACCAGAAUCCUAAUUCUAAAUCCUCUUACAAACUCCAGUCCAUCCUUAAACAAGUCUACAGCAAAGCUUAACCUUAAUCUCCUGUUACACUGCUGGAUUUUGAAAGACCUUACCAGAAUCCUAAUUUCUAAAUCCUUUUUUCCCUAUUUCAGUUCAACCUUAAACAUAUCUAUGGCAAAGCCUGACCUUGUUCUCUUGUUAUUUUGAAAGAUUUUGCAUUAGUUAAAGCUUGCUUGGCAAUUAUAACCUGUAAAACAAUCUAUGGAAUUGAUAUUUUCUUGGCAUAGCAAACUUAUAUCAUCUCCAUAAAGAAAAAAAAUGCAUGACACAAACUAAUUGUAGCAGCUUAUGACAUUGUCUUGAUGAUUAUGUGAUUUUUUACAUCAAUGGGUUUGAUAUUACAUCUUCAAGAGCACUCUAAAUAAGGAUAAACCAGUCAAAAUAAUUUAUUUAACUUGGUAAUUUUCCUUAUUAUAGGUGUGCAUGGAUUCUAAAAUUUCUCAUGUAUGCCCAGAUUUAUCUUCACUUUUGUUACCAAACAUGUGGUUUAACUUGUAUUUAUACACCAGAUGUUUAGGAACUUUUACUGUCUGCCACUGUCUCCUCUAGUGAUAUCCAAGGACUGGUAUAUUGCAAUUUGGUCCGGAUUUGGAGGAUACCAAAAUACAGACAUGAAAUUUUGUUUUGUUAAUAUGAAGUUGUAGGAAAAUGGUCUGACUCCAAUAGAAAAUA